CUAUAACUUGCAUUUGCAACCAUUUCCAAUAGGGGAUAUCUGAUCUGGCCAAAAACAGUCGACAAAUCCACUAUUUCAACUUCACAAGCCUAGACAUUGACACAGACACAGACAUGCUGCCCGACAGCUGGGAGCCCAACCCCUGAACACUGAACACUGAGCACUGAACACGACACGACACGACACACGACCCUGAAGCAGCAGCGACAACACCAACACCGACACCGCUUUUCCGCCGUCUCCACGAACAUCUGGCCCCCCCGCCUCCCCCUCGGUCUUGACCGACCCUUUUUGCAUCGCUCCCGUCGCUGCGACAAAAUAUCCGACUGACAAGGCAAGGCUGCCAAUUUCCAAAUUAGCCCCCCUCCCCUCCCUCGACCGAGAACUUGCACAAAAAAUCCAUCAGCCUCGCCCACGAGUUUCCACCUCAAGCUCUCUCUCUCUCUCCUCUCUCCUCUCUCGCCCGGUUUGCCUUGACUGCACUGCACGUGUCGCGCCCAUCGCGGUUGCUGCGACCACCAAUACGACCACGACCACCACUACCAUUACUACUACUAACACCGCCGAAGCCCCGAGCGCCAAAAGCAUCGAGGACACACGUCAACAAAUCAUUCACCGACUUACCUCUCCAUUGUCGACUCGGCUUUGUGCGCCCUGCUGUGGCACCACCCACUGCACCUCAACCCCCCUCGUCUUUCUUCACCAUCGCUUCGCAUCCUUCUCCUGGUACUUUUUCCAACCGCAAAGCCAGGAUGAGCCAAAUCCUGACCCCUCGCCAGGCCGAGGAGCUGCACAAGGCCAUCAUCGCGUAUCUCUCCUCAAGCAACCUCCCCAAUGCCGCCAAUGCCCUCAGGGAAGAACUGCAAAUCGGCGACUCCUUCGAUGCUGCCACCUCGAAGAAGUACGAGGGCUUGCUAGAAAAGAAAUGGACCAGUGUCGUGCGCCUACAGAAGAAGAUAAUGGAACUCGAGUCUCGAACCGCUUCCUUGCAGUCAGAAAUCGACAACGCGACACCCACCUCGCUCUCCCGACGAAACCAGGAUCCUACCAGCUGGCUGCCUCGUUCUCCCGCCCGACACACCCUCGAAUCCCACCGCGAAUCCGUCACCAGCGUAGCCUUCCACCCCGUGUUUUCCUCCCUUGCCUCGGGCUCCGAGGACUACACGAUCAAAAUCUGGGACUGGGAACUCGGCGAGCUGGAGAGGACCAUCAAGGGCCACACCAAGGCCGUGCUGGACGUUGACUUUGGCGGGCCUCGCGGCGCCACCCUGCUCGCGUCCUGCUCGAGCGACUUGACCAUCAAGCUAUGGGACCCCUCGGACGAAUACAAGAACAUCCGCACGCUGCCCGGCCACGAUCACAGCGUCAGCGCCGUCAGGUUCAUUCCCUCGGGGGCCGCCGGCGCCACGGGCAACCUCCUCGUUUCGGCCAGUCGCGACAAGACACUGCGCAUCUGGGACGUGUCGACAGGCUACUGCGUCAAGACGCUACGGGGACACGUCGACUGGGUGCGCGAUGUCUGCCCAUCCCCCGACGGCCGUUUUCUCCUGUCGGCCGGAAACGACCAGACGGCCCGCCUCUGGGACAUCAGCGUCGCCAAUCCCGAAGUGAAGCUUAUGCUGGUUGGCCACGAGCACACUAUUGAAUGCUGCACCCUCGCACCGCCCACCUCUUACACCCAUCUGGCGACGCUGGCCGGCCUCAAGAAGCCACCGCCGGCAACGAACACGGCCGAGUUCAUGGCGACGGGCAGCCGCGACAAGGCCAUCAGGCUAUGGGACGCCCGAGGAAACUGCAUCAAGACGCUCACGGGUCACGACAACUGGGUGCGCGCUCUGGUCUUCCACCCGGGCGGCAAGUAUCUGCUCAGCGUGUCCGAUGAUAAGACAUUACGAUGCUGGGAUCUGGCCCAGGAAGGCAAAUGCGUCAAGGUGGUCGACGACGUACACACCCACUUCGUGUCGUGCUUGCGCUGGGCGCCCGUCAUUGUGCGGGAACCGGCAACGAACGGUGACGGCGCCAAUGGCGCCAACGGGACACCGAGCAAGGCGGCGGCGAGGCCCCAGGACGUCCAGAUCCGCUGUGUUAUUGCAACAGGGAGCGUCGACAUGAACGUGCGCAUCUUUGCCAACUGAGCAUUCUUGCGAAGGAACAGCAGAUGCAGACGACACUACAAGAGCCCGAGACGAGGCGACUCGCGUCGCGCGAAAGAGGCAUAGGGGGCAGAGAGGCCGGGGCCAGCGUCGGCCACGCGCGAGAAAACAGGUGCAGGAUCACGGCGUAACGAUUCACACGAGAAGCAAAUGCGAAUGGGGCAAAUACCGGAGGCAGGCGUCAAAAAGGGGACCAAAGGAGCUUGUACAUACAUCGAAUAGAUACCCGCAACGUGUCCUCGCUGGGCUUUCAACUUACACAUCCACGCCGCUGUCUGACGUGCUCGUCUGCUAUAGGUGCCGUGACGGGGCAGCAUCCAGAAGCCUCUCUGCUCAGCACCCACGCUGAGAGUCUCACCUUUCCAAGUGGCGUGGGUUUGGUUCGGGUUGGACUGGUCGGGUUUGCAGUGCUCCAAUACAGACACAAUCAAGGUGUUUUGAAGAAGAAAAACUGCGACCCCAGGACCAACGGUGCUGGCGUUGGUAUGAUCCAAGUACAGCCAAGCCUGAAUAAUACAAGAAGCGACAGAAAACGACUUCAC